CGUACAUAACUUAGUGAAGCAAUUUUUACUUCCGGUUUCCAAGCGGCAUAGGAAUUUUUGUUAGCCCUGAACUUCCUAUCAAUUUUCUACUAGUUUCUUAAUAAUAAAUACGAAAAUGGCCGACAGAGCUAACCUGGUACUGAUGGCAAAAUUUGGCGAAGAUGCUGAACGUUACGAAGAUAUGGCAAACAACAUGAAAAGUGUCGUGAAACUGGGUGGGACCCUGAGUAACGACGAAAGGAAUUUGCUAUCUGUUGCCUACAAGAAUGUUGUUGGUGCCAGACGAUCAUCCUGGAGGGUAAUCUCUAGCAUUGAAUUAAAAGAAACCUCGUCUGAAAAGCAGCAGAGCAUCAUCCGUCAGUACAAGGCCACCAUUGAAAAAGAGCUCACCACCAUCUGCAAUGAAGUCCUCGAUUUGAUAGACAACCACCUGUUGAAGGCACUCAACGACAGCAAAGAAGACUCGGAAAGUAAAGUCUUUUACCUAAAGAUGAAGGGUGAUUAUUACCGCUACCUGGCAGAGGUGCUGAGCGAUGACAAGAAAAAGGAGGUGGUUCUCAAGUCAGAGCAGGAUUACAAGGAUGCCUCUGAUAUCGCUUCUAAUCUCGCCACAACACAUCCCAUUCGACUUGGUCUGGCGUUGAAUUUUUCCGUGUUCUACUAUGAGAUUAUGAACCAGCCCGAUAAGGCUUGCGCGCUUGCUAAGAAAGCAUUCGAUGAUGCGAUUGCUGAGUUGGACAAUUUAAGAGAGGAUACUUACAAAGAUUCUACAUUGAUAAUGCAACUCCUGCGAGACAACCUCACUCUCUGGACGUCAGAUGCGCAGGCCACCGAUGAAGGCCAAGACCAGGAUGAAUAGAAUUUGUCGUUGAUAGGCAUCCAACAAGUUGGACUAAAAUUCAACUCAAAUAUAUAUGUUAAUCUGGACAUGGAACAUUUAUAAAGCAUAAAGAACAUGUUAGAUGUUGUUCCUUUUUUUCAGUUUUGAUAAACAGUUUGUAGCUUCCUUCAGUGCUUGUUUUCUUUUUUAAUAGAUCUUUUGAAUGUUGCUAUGCAGACAAAUUAGGAAACUAGAAAUAUUAAAUACUGAUUUGUUGAAUAUGUUCCAGAGGUAUAAGCAAACAAAUUAUCACAUAUAGCAAUCAGUUCAGACAAACUGUAGAAAAAUUUACUAUUGACUUGCAUCUAUCUAAGUCAUAAUAAUGUAAUCAUAUGGUACUGUAAAUACUAUAAUUCUGUUAUCCAAUAUAUGUGAUGGCAAACUAUUUUUGUGUGUUAUUAUAUACAUAUAUUGUUAUAAUAUUAACAUAUAACUUAAGUAUAAAUGAAUACAGCAUGUUUACAUGUUUCUCUAAAUAAAGAAAUGUACAGAUGUUUAUGAAAUCUUAUUCAGGAUGGUUUGAGCUUUAAACUGAAAUUUAUUGUUUUUGUUUAAAGUAGUAUACCAUAAUUAAUAGUAAACAAAAAGACAGAAAACACAUGUAUUAAAUUUAAAAUAAUUAUGAUAUAUUUAAAACAAACAAUGCGUCAAACUUGAUUAUAAACAUUCAACAACAAAUAAUAAUAUUCGUUGUUUUGUGUCACCUUUUCAUGUAUCAGGACAUUCAAAUAAAGAUAUAAUCUAGCAUUUCAUUGUGGUAAUUGUUAAUGUAAUCGUGUGAUCUGUUUAUGAUACAGAUUUGCACAAAUGGCAUAUAUUGUACAUGUGUAUACUAUAGUUAUUAAAAUUAAACACUGCCUCUGUGCUACAAGUAUGAA